AUGCUAAAAAAAAAUAUAUGGAUACCUAUAGAAUCAAAUCCAGAUUCUAUGUUUUUAUAUUCUUGUAAACUUGGUCAAUCAAAAUUAAAAUUUUUAGAUAUAUAUGGAUUUCAUAAAGAAUUAUUAGAUAUGAUACCUAAACCAGUUCACGCAAUAAUAUUUUUAUAUCCUCUAAGUGAAAAGCUUAACGGAAAUAAUUCAAACGAUGGGUAUAUAAAAAAAAAUAUUGACAACAUAUGGUUCAUUAAACAAAAUAUUCGUAAUUCUUGCGGUACAAUUGCUCUUUUGCAUUUGCAUAAUAAUUUAAAAAAUAAAUUCUUAUUAGAUAGGGGUUCAAUCGCUGAUAAUUUUUUUAAUAAAGUUAAAGAUAUGACCCCAGAUGAAAGAGCAAAAGAAUUUGAAAACACUAAAAGUUUUGAAUUGUUACAUCAUGAAUUUGCUGGAGAAGAUUUAGGCACAGAAGAAAUUGUUGAUGUUGACACACAUUUCAUUGUGUUUAUAGAAAUAGAUGGCCACGUAGUUGAACUAGAUGGAAGAAAAAACGAACCUAUUAUUCACUGCUUAACUACUCCAGAUAAUUUUUUAUAUGAUGCUGCAAAUAUAAUAAAAAAGAACUUCAUAGACAAAUGUUUUGAUGAUAACAGAUUUUCAGCAUUAGCAGUUGUUUCAAAUACUAAUUAA